AUGAACGACCCUCAAUGGCAAAAAGUCACCCAAGAGUUGAGACGCCGCAUGGCACAAAACGGCACUCGCGGAGGCUCCCCACCAAAAUCGCCCCUCGGAAUGUUUGCGGGCUUGGGUGGUCUUCUUCUCUUGGGAGGCGCCUCGAUGUUGGCACUGAAUGCGUUGUUUAACGUCGAUGGUGGCCAGAGAGCAAUUAUCUACUCGCGGUUGCAUGGAAUCCAGAACCAAAUUUACCCCGAGGGAACUCAUUUUGUCAUCCCUUGGUUCCAAAGGCCAAUUGUUUUCGACGUGAGAGCUAAGCCCAGAAACGUGUCUUCCUUGACCGGAACCAAGGACUUGCAGAUGGUGAACAUCACAUGCCGUGUCUUGUUUAAGCCAGAUCUUUACCAGUUACCAAAUAUUUACAGAACAUUGGGCCAAGACUACGACGAGAAAGUUUUGCCCUCGAUCGUGAACGAAGUGUUGAAGUCCGUGAUUGCUCAAUUCAACGCCUCUCAAUUGAUUACGCAGAGAGAGAAAGUGUCGAGGUUGGUGAAGGAGAACCUCGUGCGCCGUGCUUCCAAGUUCAACAUCCAGUUGGACGACGUGUCGUUGACUUUCAUGACCUUUUCCCCCGAGUUCAGUGCAGCAGUUGAGGCCAAGCAGAUUGCUCAACAAGACGCGCAGAGAGCCGCUUUUGUUGUCGACAAGGCCAUUCAAGAAAAGCAGCAAUUGGUGGUUAGAGCUUCCGGUGAGGCCAAAUCCGCUGAAUUGAUUGGUGAUGCGAUCAAGAAGUCCAAGGACUAUGUCGAGUUAAAGAGAUUGGACACUGCCAGAGAGAUUGCUCUGAUCUUGGCCACCUCUCCCAACAGAAUCUUGUUGGACAACGACACGUUGUUGUUGAACACUGUGGUUGAUUCCAGGAAGUAG